AUUUUAAUUUCUUUAUAAAUAAAAAAAUAAAACAUAAAAAAUUUGGUUAGAGAACCCAUCAGCCCAGCUCCAUACUUCUUGUCUGAAAUUGUACGAGCAACCACACGACCCACACCCAAUAGUAAGAAGCCCACUUCUACUAGGCCUGAUACUUUGUAGCCGUUAUUUUCUUCGUCUCGAAAGCCGUUUUUGCUUUUAUCGAUCAGAAGCCAAACGCAGCACAAUGGUCGGAAAAUUUUUCCGUCUAUGCAACCUCCGACGGCGACGGUGACAGUAGCACCCUUUCCCGCAGUCUCUCUUUUCCCACCCUCCACCCCCGAUAUCUCUUGCGCCCUCAUUCAUGGAGAGGAGCUAACUGGAGCCAAAUGGACUUUUGGUCCCAAAAUAACUGGAAGUGCAUAUGCUCUUCUAUGCUAUCACAUAUUUGGGAAGAGUAGGCUUCAUGAAGUUUGGUUGAAGAAAUGCUAUGGACCUAUCUACUGGUUAAGCAAUUUGUUAGUCUUGGUUAAGGGAGUCAUUUCCUUGCUAGUGAUCUUGGGAUUGAUUGCUCGUUACAUUGCCGCAAUAAUGAGGUUCUGGUUGUCUGGAUUAGCAGAGAUUGCAAUGUUUUCUUCCACAAAUCUACCUUAACUUCAUGGCAGGUAUAUUUUCCUACUCAUUUGAAACUUGAGAUCUAUUUGGUAUCACUUUGGUUUUUUGAGUUUUUCUGUUUCAGUGUUUCCUGCUUUUGUUUUUAGUUUUGUUUCAAACAGUUUUUUUUUUUCUUCUGUUUUUCUUUUCAAAAGAAUACAUUGAGUGGAAAACU